GGAAAAUUCAGUGACGUGCUCUCGCUGGCAGCUCUCCCAGGAUCCGUGUUUUGCAUCGCUCUCAAAUUUGCAUUUUUCUACAUUUGCUUUUCCGUUAGCCCGAACCUGCGCGUACUUUUUGCAAUUGUAUACACACUGUCAUAUCUCUAAUCUAAUAGCCGUGAAUGUGCAUAGCAACAACUCGAAACUUUAAAUGAUGUGACUGUGGUCAGGGGAAAAUAGACGGGCUUACUAGUCAUUCAACCACGAGACCAACGGGCUGCCUUCAGAUUGUCGCGGGCUGUUGAGCUGAGCUGUUGUUUUUUUUUCUUCCCAAGGUUUGCUUUUAUUUUCGUAUUGAUCAGCGUCGAGUGUGUUUGGUGGGGGCAGAGCAGGAGACAUCAUGUCGGAAGUGUUGCCUUACAACGAGGAGAAAAUUACCCACUAUGGCGAUGACGGGGACGUGGGACAAAUCUCCCUCACCUGUGGUCUACAGGAUUCCAGUAACUUCUUUGGUGGUUCACAGAAUAAAAGACCUCCAAAACUCGGCCAGAUUGGGAGAAGUAAACGAGUUGUGAUUGAAGACGAUAGCAUCGAUGAUGCGCUGGAGAACGCAGCGGAGAAAACACCCACAGGUGUCUAGAACAAUCCAAAGACAUUGUUAGAGGAGAAUAAUGACCAUGCACCACCCACGUUUGGCAACAAAGCACUUUGAAAUCCCUUACAAAAUGGGCUGUGAUCCACUGUGCAGUCAGCCAUCAGUGUCCUAUUGCAGGCAGGCGAACAUGGAAAAGGCUGAGCGAGUCGCGUUUGAUCGCUGAGCAUUUUCUUUCUGACGGCGUGAAAUUAAACCCUUAUCGAUCAGUCUGUUCCUAUCCAAAUGUGAUAAAGACUGAAAAGGAAUUGUGUACCCCAUGUACAGCCAGUAUUGUACUACUAAGAACAGUAAAGAGGAUAAAUGAUACUGCUAAGCACACUACUGUAUAUCCCAAAACAAGUUGCAUUCAUUUGCUGUACUCUCUGGCUGUGGCUGAGCUCUUUGUUUACUCUCCAUAUCUUGCAAAAUUAUAAUUAUCUUUCUUCGUGCACAAUGGAUGUAAAAGCGCUGUUUUGUUCUUCACCUGUACAGAUGCACCAUUUAUUAUUACCUUUUGAAAUAACUUUUUUUUGCAGUGUUGAAAGACUGGAAAACAUGUUUUAUAUGAAAUGACAAAUGAAGGUUUUAACUUUUUUAAUUAUAAAAUUUUUGAUGUUGCUCGACAUAUAUAUUGUUGUCGCUACAAACUGCCUGCUCAUUUUAAAGCAAGAAGCUUAUUUUUUAUAUUAGGGAGCUAUUUAUAAAGUAGCAAGGCUCGUUCUUGUUUUUGGAAAAAGGUGGUAGUCAUUACAUUUUUUCUAAAUUAAUACGUACAUUGUAUGGUAUAUAAUCACAACUGUGCCAAAUAUCAUUGAGGAGACCAGCCAGUCUGGAUUUCUGUGAUCUUGGUAAAUGUAAAAAUUAGCUAUUUUGGCUGUCAUGUAAAUGUAACAGGGCUUUUCCUUAUGGCUCAUGCAUGAAAGCCCUUUGUGGCAAAGACACUGGUAAGCUAUUGAACAUCUCUUUUGCAACAUGGAAUGACAGACCUCAAUAACUUUUAACUGAAUAUUGUGUGUGUGUGUUACACCUCUUUAUUCACCGAACAGGGCUAUUUCUGCAAUGUAAUAAUAUUAAAGGUUAAAAAAUUAAA